AUGUCGAUUGUCGUGGAUGUAAACCGAGUAUCAGAAAUCAAUGAGAGUUCAAGUAGGAGAACUCGAGAUGAAAGUAUCUUUGAGAAAUUGAAGAAGGUGGCUCAAGAUGGAGACAUUGAAGAAUUGUAUAAACUGAUAGCCGAGGAGCCAAACAUUCUAGGCCACUUUGACGAAAUGCCUUUCUGUGAGACGCCACUAGCUGAAAACGGGAAAACCCAUUUUGCGAUGGAACUAGUGAGUCUUAAGCCGUCACUGGCACUGAAGCUAAACGUGUCAGGCUUCAGCCCAAUCCAUUUAGCCUUGCAAAACAACCACGCAAGAAUGAUGACAGGGUUUAUAGCAAUGGACAGCAGCUUGGUCAGAAUCAAGGGGAGAGGAAGGAUUACCCCUUUGCACCACGUGGCUCGAAUAGGUGACGCAGAAUUGCUUAGUGAGAUUUUGAUGGCUUGUCCCUCUUCGAUAGAAGAUUUGACAAUAAAGCGUGAAACAGCUGUGCAUAUUGCUGUGAAGAACCACCAGUUUAUGGCAUUCAAGGUUUUGUUGGGAUGGAUCAAGAGAGCAAACGGGGUGGAAAUCUUGGAUUGGAAGGAUGAAGAUGCUAUCAAUCAGACUGAGGUCAUGAAGUUGCUGGGUAAAAGUGUUAAAGUAGCAGCCAAGAAUUUGGAUGGCAAAACGGCGAUGGACAUUUUCGAAGCUCAUCAGCCUCUUUGUUUCCCUGAAGCAAGAACAAUUCUCCGUAGUGUCAAAGAAAGGCUAUUUAGUUGUUCCACCACAACAACUCUUGCAGAAUAUUUGAGCAAAGAUCUAACGUUUCUCGAGAAACGGAACAAUUUCUUAGGGCUGGGAAAUUUGAGCAUAUCUGGAGCCAUACCUCUAACCGGUAGCUAUCGCCGUGACGCAAUAUGUGUGGUGGCUAUACUUAUAGUAGCAACUGCAUUCCAGGCUGGUUUUAGUCCUCCAGGCGGAUUUUGGCAGGAGGACGGCAUGGAUCAUCUUGGCGUCUAUCACCAAGCUGGGCAAAUGACUAUGUCGUUCUACAAUGCCUUAAUUUUUAAUGGCUUCAACGGGUUUGCCUUCUUAUCAUCCCUAUACGUGAUCAUGAUCCUCACAAUUGGACUUCCCAAGUGGAAGUUAAUCUGUUGUUCAACGGCGUUUUUAGGUCUCGCUUUGUUAGCAUCGUACGGCACUAUAUUCCCGUAUCCUGAAGGCAGCUAUAUAGGGUAUAUCCCAUUGAUCGGCUUCGUCUACGUAUUCCCAUUGAUUAUCACAAUCAUGCUGUUUAGUGUUCUCAUGGUAUUCAUUGUUGACAAACGUGGCCGGCUACGAGUGGACUUCCCGGCGAGCUGCUUCAGCUCAUCUCAUGAGUUGUCGCUAUGA